AUGAAGAAGGUGGAUAAGGAAUAUGUGGAUAGUGAGUUAAAUAAGAAGGCAAAUUUGGUUUAUGUUGAUGAAAAAGAUAAUGAAAUUAAAGAAAAGGUUGAAUGGUAUCAUGAAUGGACAUUUGAGACUUUUAAAGUUAAAGCUGAUACAGAAUGGGUUUCAGGAUGUUUAGAUCUUAAAGCAGAUAAAACUUAUGUUGAUGAAAAUUAUGCAAAGAAGUCGGAAGUAAAUGAUGUGAUUACAAGCAUGAAAAAUGAAAUACUUCAAACAUUAUAUCCUGUUGGUUCUAUUUAUACGUCAAUGAACUCAACAAAUCCAUCAACAGUUUUAGGUUUUGGUGCGUGGAAGCAGAUUGUAGAUAAAUUCUUAUACUGUGCUAGAUAUUCAAAGCAAACAGGAGGUUCGAAGAAAAUUAAAGAAGCAAACCAUCCACCGCACACUCAUACAGGAACUACAAACACAACAGGAAAUCAUUCACAUUCAAUAACAAAAAGAGGUUAUACAAAUCUUGCAGCGGGUUCGGAUAGAUGGGGAAUGAAUAGAUAUGAUAUCACAACUGACCCAGUAGAUUCAAGCACAGGUAUUUUCUGUGGAACCGCAGGUAAUCAUUCACACACUUUCACAACAAAUCCAACAGGCUCGGGUAAAGAUUACAUACCACCAUUUGUGACUGUAUUCGCAUGGUACCGCGUUCAUUGA